AGACUACUGGUUGUCGGAACAAGUCGGCAGUCAGGCGGAAGGGGGCGGGGCUCCUUGGUCAGCACUUCCUGGCCCAUCCCGAUUCGUCCAGGUCGCUGGGCGGAGUCUGGAGCUGUUACCGAAGCCAGGCUGCGGUGAAGAGGCCAUUGGACGCUGGGUGGAUGUAGUAGUCGCUGAGGAUCUCGGAGUAAACCCGGGACUAAGAGGACGAAGGGGGAAAGGCGGGAGGAGAAGUUGCGAUUAGAGGAAAAAACAUUACGUGUAUUAUAAAGCCUGGAAGAUUUUGUGAAGAAUAAUGGAAGAUAAAAGACAAAGAGCUAGAGUACAGGGUGCUUGGGCUGGCCCUGUUAAUAUAAGAAGAGCCUCUCCUGCAGGGGCUUCCAGUCCCAGUAACCAGGUUCUCUCAAGCACUGCACAGGCCCAGGUGAGAAAAGAGAAGCUGAUUCCACCUGAAAGGCAAUUUGUUUUUAAAGCACCUGAUGAGGUUGUACGAAAAUUUCCAGAGCCCAUAAUAAUAGAGAAGCAGGGUCAGUAUGAGAUCAGUGCAUUGCCAUCAGGAGUUUCUCGGCUUCAUUUGAUCCCUGGCUUCAUUGAUUCAAAAGAAGCUGACUGGAUGUUUGAACAGCUCCUCCAGGAGGUCCCUUGGAGGCAGAGAACACACAUCAGACAAGAUCUAACUUAUGAGGAACCCAGACUCACAGCAUGGUAUGGUGAACUUCCAUAUACCUACUCUCGGUUGACAUUGCAACCAAAUCCUAAUUGGCACCCCCUGUUGACCAUGCUGAAAGAUCGCACUGAGGAGAUAACUAAGCACACUUUCAACUCUCUGCUCUGCAAUCUGUAUCGAAAUGAGAAGGACAGUGUUGACUGGCACAGUGAUGAUGAGCCUGCACUGGGAAGGAGCCCUGUCAUUGCCUCCCUCAGCUUUGGUGCUACCCGGCUGUUCGAGAUGAGGAAGAAACUCUCACCUGAGAGUGAGGACUACACUUAUGUGCAAAGAGUGUGUGUACCACUGGAUCAUGGGACCUUGUUAAUAAUGGAAGGAGCCACUCAGGAGGACUGGCAGCAUCGUGUACCCAAGGAAUAUCACUCCAGAGAAGCUCGGAUAAAUCUGACAUUUAGGACAAUGCAUCAAGACCCAGAGGCAAUAUGAACUUGAAUGAAGGCAUCUGUAGGACUGUCGACUUUCUUCAGAUUCCCAACAUUAAUGCUGGUUUGGGAGAGGCAGCCUUGAUGAGUUCAGAGUUCUGCUUCCUAACAUCAGGCUGCUCUAAUGAGAACUGUGAAGGCUGCAAGCUCCUGGUGAUGGUUCAAGUGCCUUUUUCUAAGAUGAUUUGUAUAAAUGUGAUGCUCAAUGGUAAAGUUUUGUUUUAUUGAAAAGACACAAUCUACUCUGCCUUGUCAUACUGGAAUUAUGCCUGACAAGUUUGAAUCAAACAUCUUAGCGUUGGCUCAUAUGUGACUAAUACUUUUAAAUGGAAUUUUCCUUUGGGAGAGUUGAGAGUGGAUAUCUUGGCAGAGUAGAGUGAUACUGGUAUUUUUUGUUUAUACUGUGCUAAAUAAAACUACACUUGUCUUAUA